AUGGUCAUUGAUGUCUUUCACCCCAAGAAGGCAACAGUAACUAAGACAGAAAUUUGGAGAAAACUUGCCAAAAUGUUUAAGACAAUACCAGAUGUCAUUUUUAUGUUUGGACUCAGAACCCAUUUUGGUGGUGGCAAGACUACUGGCUUUGGCAUGAUUUACAAUUCCUUGGAUUAUGCAAAGAAAAAUGAACCCAAACACAAACUUGCAAGACAUGGCCUGUACGAGAAGAAGAAAACCUUGAGAAAACAGCUCAAGGAACGCAAAAACCGAAUGAAGAAAGUUGGGGGGAUUACAAAGGCCAAAGUUAGUGCUGGCAAAAAGAAGGAAUAA